AGGUCUUAAAUAGGAGGCAUUACCUGUCUUAGAUGGAAACAUCCCUGAGAUUUCCAUUUCCAUCCAACAUCUUUAAGAGUACUAUGAACCCAGAAAAAUACAAAUAAAAAUAAAAAUCACCCAAAACGGGAAGAUCUCAACCCUAUAGUCUCCUAUCAUUACUGAAACAGUAAAGAGUGUUACAAAAAGUAGCUAGCUGUGUUUGCCGAUCUAAGUGCACAAGGGAAAUUCCAAAAGAGACAACAAAUGGGGAGGGGAAAGAUUGUGAUCAAAAGGAUUGACAAUUCGACGAGCAGGCAAGUGACUUUCUCAAAGAGAAGAAAUGGGUUGCUGAAGAAGGCCACGGAGCUUUCCAUCCUUUGCGAUGCACAAGUUGGACUCAUCAUCUUUUCCAGCACCGGCAGGCUCUAUGAUUAUGCAAGCGAUAGCAUGAAAUCUGUUAUUGAACGAUACAACAACCUAAAAGAGGAACAUCAUCAGCUGCUUAAUCCUGCUUCGGAAGUAAAGUUUUGGCAAAAGGAGGCAACAAGCUUGAGGCAAGAACUGCAGUAUGUGCAAGAAUGCAACAGGCAAUUAAUGGGCCAAGAACUUUCUGGCUUGAACCUCAAAGAUCUACAAAAUCUGGAGAACACGCUGGAAAUGAGUUUAAAGGGUAUCCGAAAGAAAAAGGAGCAAAUCUUCACUGAAGAAAUAAAAGAACUAAACCGGAAGGGAAAUAUGGUUCAUCAAGAAAACGUUGAACUGUAUAAGAAGGUCGACCACUUCCGGAAAGAAAAUGAAGAGUUACAGAAGAAGGUUUACAGAGCAGAAGAUGAUCAAGAAACAAAUGUAGCUAACAAAAGUACAUCGCAUCCUCCUGAUCACAGCAAUAUUAUUCUCAGCAACGGAAAUGAUCGCAUAAUCCAUUCAGCUAUCGAUCUCCAGCUGAGCCCACCUCAUGAUGAGCCUCCAAGCAAUGGAGCACAGCCAAAGCGAUGAAACUCGAUCGGGUACGUACGUAUGUCGACACAGCACAUACGCGGCUUUA